ACGAGAAAACGCGAGCUGCCUUCCAAGUGUGACGUCACCUCGAUUCCCUUCGUUCGUGGGGUCUGACUAGUGGUAUAAUCUUUGGUCAAGAAUCUAAGCGAAUUCUUUAUUAUUUUUCGUCAUGAUUCCGCCUUCAGUAAGGCCUCAUGUCACUGUAUAUAGUGACAAAAAUGAGCCGACCGGGACUGUAGUGAACCUUCCCGCAAUCUUCACUGCACCAAUUAGACCAGAUGUGGUUAACUUUGUACAUCAAAACAUUGCAAAGAAUCACAGACAGGCAUAUUGUGUCAGUGCCGAAGCCGGUCAUCAAACAUCUGCUGAGUCGUGGGGUACCGGUCGUGCGGUAGCACGUAUCCCCAGGGUUAGGGGUGGUGGUACCCACCGUUCUGGACAAGGUGCAUUUGGCAACAUGUGUAGGGGUGGUAGAAUGUUUGCCCCAACUAGACCUUGGAGGAGAUGGCAUAGAAGCGUAAACGUUAAUCAGAGACGUUACGCUAUUGCCUCUGCUGUUGCUGCAACAGGAGUUCCUGCUCUUGUCAUGUCUAAAGGCCAUGUUGUAAACAAGGUUCCUGAGCUACCAUUGGUUGUUUCUGAUAAAGUUCAGGGAUACAAGAAGACAAAGGAAGCAGUCGCUUUUCUUAGAAAUGUCAAAGCUUGGCAAGACAUAAAAAAGGUUUACAAAUCAAAGAGAUUCCGAGCCGGUAAAGGUAAGAUGCGUAAUAGGAGGCGCAUCCAGCGUAGGGGUCCUCUCAUUGUUUAUGCACGCAAUCAGGGGCUUGUUCAAGCUUUCAGGAACAUACCAGGGGUAGAUUUGGUUUGUGUCUCAAGAUUGAACCUCUUAAAGCUUGCUCCUGGUGGGCAUGUAGGACGAUUUGUAAUUUGGACACAGGCUGCAUUCCAACAAUUAAAUGAACUUUACGGAACGUGGAAAAAGGGUGCUACCUUGAAAUCAGAUUAUAACCUGCCUCUACCAAAAAUGACAAAUACUGACCUUUCGAGGCUUUUCAAAUCCCAGGAAAUAAAGAGUGUGUUGAAACCACCAAAGAAGAAGAUAAUGAGAAGCGUGAAGAAAUUGAAUCCUCUUCGCAACACAAGGGCUAUGCUUAAGCUCAACCCUUACGCUGCUGUUUUAAAACGAAAAGCCAUUCUUGACGGUCAGAAAAGGAGACUUACACAAGCUGUUAAGGAAGCUUCAAAAGAGGAUGGGGUUCCUCUCACACCAAUGCAACAGAAGCACUUAAAGAUGUUGGAAAAGCGCAAGGAGAUGAUUAAAAAAGCUUUAGCGGCCAAACCCAAGAAAGUUAAGACUCCUAAGGCGAAGAAAGAAUCUUCUGAUGGCAAAACAAAGAAGUCAACUCCGUCUAAACCGGCAGUGACCAAACAGGAGAAAAAAUGAUUUUGUAUUGUAAAUUUUGACCAUGAAUAAAAUGUCAUGAUCGAAC